UCCCAAUAACUAACUGCACUAUUCUGCUAGUGGCUUGUGUUUUUGUAAGCCAUUCAGUCACUUAUUGCUUAUUAUACAAAUAAUUAUUUAUAUGAAGGUUUAAUAAGGAUUUAGUGGGUGUGUAAAAAUCAACCAGGGCAAUGGGGUCUCUUGCUAUGUUAAAAUCAGGGACUUGUGUGAAGCAUUUUUGCACAUGGGUUGGCAGCCCUAUAUUCAUCCGACCUGCUUUUGCUUGUUCUCCAAAAUAUAACAUCAUGCAUUCUGUCCGAUUUAUCACUGAGCCAAAGUUUUACUGCACAAAAGGAGAUAAACAAGCACAAUCGUACAGCAGAAUACCUAAAGAGAGAAGUUUCACUGCUAGAGCAAGACCUGCAUUCCCCAAUUCAGUAUUCACAGCUGGCACAGCCAAAAGAACAGCUGAAUAUCUGAAAAAGCGAGCUGGGGAGGAUCCCGAGGAACUGUCGAAUAAUACAUCUGUGAGAGGCAGAGGGUCUUUAAAGGUCACCCUCCCUGAUCAUCCACUGACCACAUCUGAAUGGGCAAAACUGAAAGAGACCUCCACUAAACCUGAGCGUUUCGCAAAACAAAUGAUGGAGGGCCUUCUAGCAGCCAGAGCAGAUGUCAACAUUGCCAAAUCUCUCUUGUCCUACGAGGCCCAAGAUAAAGGCACCCUGCCCUACGAACUCCUUUUGAGGUACCUCACGCUGUGUGUCAUGGGUGGGCAUCAAUCAGAGGUAUUUGACACUUAUGACAUCAUGAGGUCUUGCUUUAAGACGCUCGACACCGGAGCCUCCUCUCUGUUUAUUAAAGGUUUCAGUCAAACAGAACGCUGGAGGGAGGCGCUCGUCGUGUUGGAGGGUAUGAAAAAGGCCCUCUUGCCGUCUCCAGGUAACUAUGGUGAUGCCAUCGCUGGGGCGGCUCUUCACGGUGACAUUCACACAAGCUGGAUGCUAUACACUGAGCUUCUGGAGCAAGGUCUCGUUCCACAUCAAGAUACCUGGCAGUGCUUAUUUCAGAGCGGUGUCAGUCAUCGUGGACAGGAAGACAAGCUCUUUUCUAUCCUGACAUAUAUGAGAGAUAAUCAGAUCUACCCAGAGGAACCAUUGGUUAAAACUAUCAAAGCAUGGUUUGAGAGUUUACCGGAUCAAAAAUGGAGUGGAAGAUUCUCAUCCGUGACCACCAGUGGAGAAUGCCAACAUUGCAAGACAUCGCUGGAAUCUAUUCAGCUGACUGAGGAAGAGUAUGCACAGUUGAAGGACAGAGUAAUGAAGGAUGUGAUCGAGGGAAGGGACAUCUUCAACAAGACCACUCCAGAGGAGCUUGAAAACUUCAAGAGCUUUGUGAAACGAAGACCCCCCUUUGACAUCGUAAUUGAUGGCCUUAAUGUGGCUAACACUACACCCAAAGCUGCCCACUCCGAAACGUUGCUGGCAGUUAUCUCAGAGCUGGAACAGCAGGGUCUGAACAUCCUGGUGCUUGGUAGGAAGCACAUGCUACGACCUUCCUGGAACUGGGACAGACAAAACAUGAACAAGAUCAAGCAGAAAGCCCACUGCUUCUUCACAGAAAACAUAUCUGAAGAUGACCCGUUUCUGCUGUAUGCUGCUUUGCACUCGGGCAUUCACUGUAAUUUUCUCAGUCGUGAUCUGAUGAGAGAUCACAAGGCCUGCUUUCCAGACAGCCCCACCAGACGCCUCUUUUUCAAGUGGCAACGUGGUCAUCAGUUGGUAAUCAGUCAUUACACCCCAGGAAAAAGGGUUCGGUUUCAGAGGAUCGCCACUUAUGACACCAUCGUACAGACGGCUGGCCGCUCCUGGCACAUUCCAUUCGAUGAGAACGGAAGGGAUAGAGCCACGUAUGAAGUGCCUCAAAAUUGGCUAUGUCUUACUCAGGAGCACUCAGGGACUCAGGCUUUGGAUUGUAAAAUGUAAAAUAAAAAUAAUUUCAUAAAUAUA